AUGUGGCGGGUCGUUGCCGCGGGUUUCACGCUCUUUUGGGCGCCGACCUUUCAGCAGUUCCCGCGCCUGUGCGCCACCCAAGAGGCCCUCCUGGCCAAGGAGUGCUGCCCACCUUGGGAAGGGGAUGGCUCGGCGUGCGGGGCCAGCUCCGGUCGGGGGUUCUGCCGGGAUGUGGUGGUACCCGACACCCCGGACGGGACACAGUACCCCUUCAGAGGGCUGGACGACCGGGAGAGGUGGCCUCUGGUGUUCUACAACAGAACCUGCCAGUGCACAGGGAACUUCAUGGGGUUCAACUGUGCCGAGUGCACGUUCGGAUACUGGGGGGAGACCUGCCAAGACAGGAGGGAAUCCCUCAGGAGGAACGUGUUCCACCUGACCCGAACCGAGAGGACCCAACUGGUGUCCUACCUGAACCUGGCCAAGCAGACGCCAAGCAGCGAUUACGUGGUUGCCACGGGAACCUACCUGGAGAUGGAGAACGGAUCCAAGCCCACGUUCGCCGACGUGUCCGUGUACGACAUCUUCGUGUGGAUGCACUACUACGUGUCCCGCGACGCGCUGCUCGGCGGGCCGGGGAACGUGUGGGCCGACGUGGACUUUGCCCACUGGGCGCCGGCGUUCCUGCCGUGGCACCGCGUCUACCUGCUGCACUGGGAGCGCGAGAUCAGGAAGAUAACCGGGGACGACGGCUUCGCCAUCCCAUACUGGGACUGGAGGGACGCCCAGGGAUGCGACGUGUGCACUGACCAGCUCAUGGGGGGCCGGAACCCCCGGGACCCCACGCUGCUUAGUCCUGGCUCUGUCUUCUCCUCUUGGAAGUCCCUCUGCUCACAAGUGCAAGACUACAAUGCCCGUGGCGUACUGUGCGACGCCCUGUCGGAGGGCCCGCUUCGCCGUAACCCCGGCAACCAUGACCGCAACCGGGUGGAGCGCCUGCCCACCUCUGCCGAGGUGGCCUUCACCCUCAGUUUGGCCAACUAUGACACGGGCACCAUGGACCGCACCGCCAACAUGAGUUUCAGGAACACCUUGGAAGGAUUCGGGGAUCCGCAGACGGGCUUGGGGGGCAGCCCCCGUAUGGGCAUGCAUGCCGCGCUGCACGUCUUCAUGAAUGGAUCCAUGUCCUCAGUGCAAGGCUCGGCCAAUGACCCGAUUUUCCUUCUGCACCACUCCUUUGUGGACAGCAUCUAUGAAGAGUGGCUCAGGAGGCAUAGACCCGACCCAUCCCGGUACCCAACCUCCAACGCUCCUAUUGGACACAACGGCGAAUACCACAUGGUUCCCUUCCUGCCCCUGCACACCAACAGAGAAUACUUCAGAACCAGCAAAGAGCUGGGAUACGAGUACUCACGCCUGCUGGGUCCCAACACGCGCCUGUCCGAGUCCUUGCGCCCUUACCUGGAGGACGUUGAUGGAGUGUGGCCGCUGCUGCUGGUCGCCUGCCUCUGCGGAGUCGGGCUUGCGCUGGGCGUUGCUGCGGCAGUCUCGAACUUCAAGAGGCGCGUCCCGACCUGGCCUCGGAUCCUCGAGUUGCGCCGCAUAAGUUUCUUGUCGUUCCUAAGCGUCCCGGAAUGGCAGCCUCUCAUCGGGAGGGAAGGGGCAAACGAAUCCCGCCGGUACACAGCGACCAUAUGACAACAGUUCAUCAGGUCGACCUGCAAUAAUU